GCUGCCCUUUGAUGAUUUUCGAAAUUACUGGGAGUCCUGUUAAGCGGAAGAAAGCAGAACUUGGGAGAAACGUACAUCGUAGCAAACAGGUUCUUCCUAAACAAAAACCAGACGGAAAUCAGGAAAAGGAAAACCUGGUUAGAGAACGCUCAUCAAACUCUCCGGGAGACACGAAAAAGACGGCGAGAGAGAUAGCUGGACGACUGGGACCGAGCGAGAAAAACGUAGCUCCAUUUUAAGUUAUAAACAGUUCAGAUGGACUUGGAGAUUAAAGGAAUUGCAGCACCUCCAAAAAGACAAGUUCUACUGUCCUCUCAGAGUUGGAGGCCAAACACAAGAUUAAGCCAUGGUCCUCGACCAGCAGAGGUGCCAUGUCUUGACUUGGGAAAGUUGGGAGAUUCAGAAGAUGAGGAUGGGGAUAAUGGCUCACUUUACAAUGCUGAACGACCUUACACUGGCCCUCCACGUCUAUCUUCAUCUUUUAGGGGGGCCACUCAAUUACAAAGUACUCACACACUGUAUCAUAAUAUAGAACAGGCAGCAAGGAGACCUGAGCUGAAGAAAAUUGAGCUUUCUUCAAAGGAGCAAAAAACAAUACCGGAAAAUCUACCACUCCCAACAGACACAUACAAGCUGAAAUAUCUGCAAUAUGAAGCAGAAAUGAAAGAGGGAUAUAAACAGUAUUCUCAGAGACUUGCGAAAAAGAAGAUAAAUAAUAACCUGUUUCAUGAACUUCCAGGCAAGAUAGCUGAAAAAAAGGAUUUACAAUCAGAAAAUCAAAGAAUGGAUGAAUUCACAGUUCUUGAUGAGAAAGCCCUUUUACAGCAAGGUUAUACAAACAAACCAUACACUAUGCAGCAUAGCAUAAGAAAAUUGGAUGUUGAAGAAGUAGCAGCAGAAAGAAAAAAACAAGCUGUGGUAGAACAAGUCAUGUUAGAUCAAUUGUGUAGAGCUGUGAUAAGUGAUCCAGAGCAAAAUGGAAAUUCAGAUACUUACAAGAAGGAUCCUGUUCUUCCAGGGUUAAGCACAGCACCUCUGCGCUUUAGAAAAAGAACAUUACAUGAAACAAAAAUUAAGACUAGGUCAGCACUGACUGAAAAUAUGCUUUCUAACAAAUUACGAUUUGAUGGUAGAUUAAUAUCAAGAAAUGGACGUGAUGCUUGUCGAGAACUGAUUGGAUUUUACUUUGCUUAUGACAAAUCUUUAACUAUAUAUGAAUAUAGAAAGUUUGGUAAAAAUAGAAUAAAUGCUCUACCAUUCAUUCUGAAGGGUAUUUAUAUGCAUCAGCGUGGACAGAGGAAAGGAAAACCAUACAGUCUUAAUGAUUUCUUUGUUGGAGCAGACCUAACUUUUUUGAGCCUUCAACAUCCUGGCCUUCCUGAAAGUAUUAAGCGGAAACCAUUGUUUACAAUCCGUGUCACAAAUAUUGAUGGAAUGGCUAGAACUUUUCUAAAGAUGUAUAAUAUAGAAAAUGAGAAACAUCCUAUCAAGGAAGAAGAUGAUUGGAAAAAAACUUUGAGGAAUAUUCAAGAUAAUUUGAGACCAAAAUUAAGUAAAAGAGGAGUUCGUAUUGUUUCAGGAGUAGGAAAAUAUUUUCGUGAAUUGGACAAGAAGCAAAAUGGAAAUAUUACAAAAGCAGACUACAAACAAGCUCUAAAAGUAUUUCAUUUAGAAGUGACUGAAGAGGAAUUUGAAUCUUUAUGGUUAAUUCUACAUGAUGACAAUAAUGGUGAAAUUGAUUAUACUGAAUUUAUUCGUGCUAUUCUUGGAGAAAUGAAUGAAUACAGAAAAAUAUUUGUUAGGAAACGGGAGAAUGUCAAGAUUUGGUUUAUUGUGAGAAAAGUCUUUCUGUGUCAUUUGAAGAAAAUUGUCAGUGUGAAAGCUUAUAUGAAGCUAGAUUACAAUAAAACUGGCAGAGUCCCUAUGGUAGAUAUCAAGAAAUGUUAUUGUGCUAGAAAACAUCCUCAAGUUAUAGCAGGAAAUGCAACUGAGGAAGAAAUUAAAUCUUCAUUUCUUGAAACACUGGAGGAUGCCUGCAGCAAUCCCAGUGAAGUUUCCUUUGGUGAAUUUGAGGAUUAUUAUGAAGGAUUAAGUAUUGGCAUUCUGGAUGAUGAAGAUUUUAUUAAUGUAUUAAGAAAUCCCUGGGGAAUUUAGAAGUAAAAAAUAUAAUGUAAAAAUUAGAAAUAGAGACUCUGAACAUUUGUUAACUUUCUAAAUAGCUUUAAUAAAUUGGCCUUCAUAAUCUGAAGGUAUAGUAAUGUUUAAAGCAUGGCUUGUUUUUCUUCUUGCAAUUAAAGUAUUGAAGGGAUUUUAUUGUGUUUAUGAUUUUAGUAUGUUUAAGUUUGACACUAGCAGCUAUUUUAUAUAUAGUAACCAUUUUAUAUUGAUACUUGUAGUGUUAUCAUGUAAUCAUUGUUUUGUUAUUUUGUAAUCAUUAUUUUGUAGCUAAUUGCCUGAGCAGAUGCUUUAUAUAUAUUGGAAAAGUAAAAGUCUCAUGUUAAACAUACAGGAGAUUGCUUAUAUGAAAAGAGCAUGGUAAGGAGAGGGGGAAAAGGAGUUACGGAUGGAGCCUGGGUUGUUGUGUAUGAGUCUUCAUCUUGGAAUUGUUUUUUGGUAUCUUAUGCCUGGUACAAAGAUCUGAUCUUUUUGUUCUGGAAAGGUAUAAAAGGUAAAAGACAUCUGUUGAUCAAAACGGAGAGGGGUUGCCUAAUUCCUCUUCGUGGCUGGCAAAGGAAUAAAGACAACAACCAGGAAAGAUGUCUUCCACCUUUUAUGCCUUUCCAGAACAAAAAGAUCAGGUCUUUGUAUAUACAGUAUUCUCUGUAGGCUAAGAUAUUAAAAAAGCUCAUUCAAGUCAUAGCAGAAGGCCUCAAAAACAGACAAAUGUUUCUGGAGUUUGUGAAAGCUAUGUUCAGUUUCUCUGCAGAACAUUUAAUAUUCCACCUAAGGAAAAAAAAUAAGCCUUUCUGUAUAUACGUUCAACAGGAUGCAUGUAGGGAUUAUCUGAAUAGAACCCAGGAGUCUGACCAGGGAUUACUAUUUCAACCUUUAUUGACUCAUCCAUUCCACUGGAAAAUAAUGCCUUUCAACUAACAAAAGAUGAAGGGAAAUAGGCCUAUGUUAAGAGGCUAAAUUACUGUAUGACAGGAUUGCGCAUCCUUCAGCUGUAAUUUUCUAAUUGAUCAGAUGGGAUAGCGCCCAAGAAGGUACAUAAGGAAAAACAGAGAAGACAUGCAGAGGGAGGUUUCAAAGCAAUCAAUUCUUAUAAAAAUAGUACCUGGUAGUACUCUUGGCAGCCUACUUCAGUGUACAGUAUGCUUUCAGUUCCUGAGGAUGAGAAUAACAGAAUCUGACUUUACCUUUUAUUUAGCCAAAUUUAAUGUGAUAAUUUUUCAGAAGACCUGGAUGCAAGAAGGAACUCAUCUUAAUGGAUAUUAUUAGACUUCUCUGAUACUAAAGGGGAGUCAGGGCAAGAGAUACAACAGUGUGAGGAGCUUAUAAUAUUUAUUUCUACUAGAUUCUAAGUUUUAGAAAUUGGUCUUGCCCCACUGAAUUUUGCAAUAGCAACAUUAAUAAAAUUCAGCCACUGCAGUCUUAUUGCGCAUCAUCCCCCCUCCUCCGAGAAUCUGCUUAAAACUAAUCAUCAUUGAUAUGUCAAUAAUUUCAGUGUCAGAAGUGGGUGAGUAAUGCAAAGAAUUUCCACAAUGUCUUCCAUAUCUAGAAUCUUUCCACUUUGCUGUUUGCCAUUCGCAAUCUGCUGCUAUCUAACUAUGCUGAAUUGUACUUAGCGCAGGUCUUCAGCCGACUGGAUCUGAUUAUUUUAAAUGGUGUCACUAAGGGAGAUUUUCUAGGGGCAUUUAUUUGGGGAGCAUGUACAUCUAUGACUACCCUUGGUUAUGUGACUGUCAUUUACAACUUUCUGUAAUUUGUAGAUAGUAGAAAGCUGAUUGAAAGCUUAUUACUAUCAUGAGCUUCAAGCCUCCAUCAAAAAGGGCAAGAAAUAUGUUUUUCAUCCUGCAGUUUAAACAGGUGUGGUACUGCUUCUCAUUUAAGGUAGUUAAUGCAAAUAUGGCAGAAAUGUUGAAUUUGAUGCACAUUUUACAACUUGGAACGUCUAUUGUAGAGACACUGAUGUAUUCAGAGUCCUCAAUUGGAGCAUUCCUUGUGAGCUGAUUUCAGUUCAUAGAUAAUUAAGGACAGUAUUAAGUAUAAAAUAACCCUGAAUAAUGCAGUGCUAAUUGUAACUAAACAUCAACUUGGAUAUUUCUAAUUUUUUUUAAUAGUACAAGUACCUGAUUGCAAACUAACAUAGUUAGCUAUAGAGGAGCUAUAGAGGAGCGCUUGAUUCAUUUACUAACUUCAGCAAAGUUCAACAAUCCUUCUUCCAUUUGAAAAAUAGUAUCUGCCCUUCUAUAUUCUUUUACUUGAGAUCUCCUAUCCCAGUAGGAAAGCGGGAGGAAUUCAUCCACCUGGUAUAUGCAGGAAAUUUGAACAGAAUGGUCUCAGAAAGAUUUGGUCUUCUUCCACCUUGGCCCCUAUGUUAAUAUCUGGGCUUCCAAACUGGAAGUCUGCUUAAGAGUUAGCUUGAGGUAAGAUGGGUGGCCUAUAAAUUGUAUAAACAAAAUAAAAAAAAUAAGGUUGGCAAACUUAUUAGACUGAUAAGCUCCAAUGUUGGCUUCAUAAUUUACAGGUAUAAACUACAUUUUCUGGAAAUUGCAAUGAUCUGAAAUUUAUUUCAGGCUCAUGACCCCAACCUUACAUGGCUAGAGACAAAAUUCUAUUUGGUAAUCUGCCACAUGAUCCAGAAAUGGAACAGAAGAGAAGAAAAGCUAGGGAGAAGGGGAUGAGGAUGAUAGAGAUGUGUAGGGUAGUAUUUCAGCAUUUCACCAUGUUCGUAAUCUAGUAUUUUGUUUUAAUGAUCUAGUAAUUACUUUUUAAAUUUUCCCAGUAUUUAAUACUUUAUGCAUAUUGUACUCUGACUUACUUUAUUUUAAUAUCUGUGUAAUACUUUAUGUUCUUUUAUCAUGUCUCUGUCCAACUGUGCAAUGACUAUAUUAAAGAAUUGAUUGAUUAUGAAAAUGCA